CCCUUGUCUCGAUCCGCCAAUGUCUUUAAUCUACGACGGAUGCAUGGAAGCUGUAGUUAGGGCUCCGGCCAUGUUUAUUUUCCGCUUCUCUCCCACGAAGUCCUUCCAUUCCCUCCCAUCUCUCUCCUUUCUCCCGCAAUUGUCUUCGAGGAGCAUCAUCUCAUCAUCGAAAGUACUCUCUCACCGCUCAAUCUCCCACCGGAGCCAUUCACGGGCCAUGGCCGUCGGAUCCCAGACGAACAUGAUCGUUGAUACGUCUGCAAAAGGCGCAGAAUCAUUGUUUAGGAUGGCGGUUCGAAGUAUGGAGAAGGUGUAUUUGGACAGAAACCCUACUGCCAAAGCUGUUCUGGAUCUUGUCCUCUCGGUGGAUGGAAAUCAAAUUUGCUAUGAUCAUUUUGCUUUUAGGACAUUUGGGGUUGAUGGUUAUGGGAUAGAUUCUGUCGCUAAAUUUUUCCUGGAUUUUGGUUAUACCAUGAUGGAAGAGUUGAGGUUUCCUGCUAAGAAAUUGAAAGCAUUAUGGUUCGCACCUCCCAGUUAUGAUAAUGGAAGCUACUUUGGGGGUCCUUUGCCGAGAAUAUUCAUAUCAGAACUUCUUGUCGAUGAGAUGAGUCCUCAAAGUCAGGCAGUGAUCAAGAAGUAUGUAAAAAAUUUGGGAAAUGCAAAUAGAUAUGCAGCACUUGCAAGUACGUUGGGAUGUUUAACUUGGGAAACACCCUCAUAUUCUGACUAUCAGCAGCUAGCAAGGGAAAGUGAGUAUGCUGCAUGGACCCUUGUUAAUGGUUUCACAGUGAAUCAUGUAACCAUUUCUGUUCAUCGUCUGAAGUCGCAAAUUGGAAACAUCAAAAGCCUAAACCACUUUAUCAAUGAACAAGGGUUUAAACUGAACUCUGAAGGGGGGAUAUUAAAAGUGAGUCCUGAUGGCCUUCUGCUCCAGAGCUCAACUGUGGCUGAUUCUACAAUUUUCAACUUCAGUGAUGGUGUUAGCGAGCCUGUCCCUUGUUCGUACAUUGAAUUUGCGGAACGACUUGUACUCCCUCAGUAUACAAAAUUAACCAAUGAAGAGAUCAAGGAAUUCCACAGAAGAGAUGGCUUUGAGGUUGGGAAUGCUGAUAAAAUCUUUGAGAGCACCUCGAUGGAUCAAAUAACAAGGAAAGCCGCAUGAGCCAUGAAAAGCCUUUGGCCUGAAGCCUUUGAAUACCAGGUGCAAAGCUGCUCUCUAUCACAAACUGUUAAGCAUAAGAGCAUCCGCAUUUGUGCUGCUUCAAAGGCUAUAACACAAGUGAUGACAAUGGCAAUAUUUCUUAAAUGUUAUGAUUUUUGUGCUUUUGCAUUCUUGCCUGUAGCAGACGCAUACUCUGGACAGUAACCACAUUGUGUGAUUGUAGUUCUUCGGUCAGCUGCCAAUGAAUGGAUCGAAACUGAAUAAAAAGGUUAACAGCUUUGCUGGCGCCAUCAAUAAUGAUGCUUUGUAUUGCUUGACAUUUUGUUUUAGUUAUUGAAGGCCUUUUUAAGGCUAUUGUUAACUUUUUGUGAGCGCAUUAUCAAAUAUUUUGUGGAUGUAUUCUCCAAAAAUGUUCUAAGAGCAUAAUUAUAAGAAAGUUGCAUAA